UAGUCCCAACCGGAUUGAGGCAAAUUGUCUGCGACAAACAUGCCAUCUCUACCUUGGGGCUCGAUGAGUGCCAGACAACGCAAGUAUGAAAUCGAGAGGAUGGAAGCUUGCGCUGUCCCACGCAAAUCGCGUAACAGAGAUCUUCAGGCUGCGUUUCGAGAGGCCCAGAGAGAAGGGACUGAGCCGACGGUGGCUUUCACUGUGACACCUCAGGAUGUUGUUGUGGGUACUGAGCUCUUACCUCCUGUAACAAGUCGUCCUGCCUCGCUUGACCGGUCAUCUCGUCGCCACGGUAUAGUCGGUAUUGAGCAACUAUACAAAACCGAACAUCUCCAUAUAGCGCCUUCAUGGUCUCCAGGGAACAUCGAGCCAGCACGAACAGACAGAUUGUCUAGGCACAUCGUCGCUUACCCAUCAUUCUCUAGAAGAGAGGAAUGGGAGGAAAUCCGUGCAGAAGUUCCAACGAGAUUCGCAAAUGCGGAAACGCUGCCGCCAGCUCCGUCACCUAUAUUUACAAAUGCUCUCGUAGAACAAGAGACACCUACAAUCUCACACGAAGCCCUGGUAGCUGGGCCUCCUGAACUUCAUCGGCCUAAUCGAAACUCCGGUAGCUCAUACGUCCCGCCAAUACACAUGAGACGCGACCAAGUCUAUCAACACCAGUACAGGCAAGAUUCUAUUCGAACUGACUCUGUUACCGACUCCGACAACGGCAAAGCGCCCAACAGAAGAGCACGCAAGUACACCGUAGUCAACCAAACCAAACAAACUCCAAGAAACUGCGACACAGAUACAGAAAGCCAUACCACAGAGUCGCCCGAUAGACCAGCAUCUCCAUACAUUGCUCUUGAACGAAACAUUGGACUGCGCUGUGUUCUGAGCGACUGCGAUACAGAUACAGAUAGCAAUACCACGGAAAAGCGGAACAGACGAGGAGUUGUACACAUCGCUCUUGGACAGAACGAUAGACCACGACUUGUUCUAAGCGAUUGCGACACCGAGAGAAAGGCCGGUAGCGAUAUCACGGAAUUGCCUGACAAACGGGGACCAGAACAUACCGCUCCGAGGGAAACCAACACACCACGAUCUUCUCGAAGCAACCAUUAUACUGAUGUAGGUACUACACAAGCGCCCAAAAUAGGAAUCAAGGUACCGAUCAACAGCCUUCUGCUUCUCAAGAAAAGUUCCAAAGAUCUCCUCAAAAGCUCACAUCACUUGUCGACAUGGAAUCAACCCAAGAUCUUGCCUGAUAUCACAACAUCUGGGCGAUCUGGACUGCGUAAAGCCAAGUCGUGGUUUGCAGAGAAAAUACAAGGUCGUAACGAGCCGCCUCUUAGUGCUGAAGAAGCCGCUAAGAAAAAGGAUGAAGCCGAGGAAGUCGCUGCUGCGAAAGAGUGGGCUAAAGAACGGACUGCUUUUGACCGAGUACAGGCUGAUAUUGCACGAGCGACAUUUGCUCUUGAACAAGCUGCUAGCGAGGCGGCGUUGAAGAAAAUGGGCCCUGGAGCUAUGCCUGGGUGCUGCGACCCGGAGUUUGUUAAGCAAACCUUCUUGCUGAGUCCAACACCUACAACAACAACCUUCCGCGCCAGCGUUAAUACUCUCCCUAUGUUCCCCAGCGCCCAAAAAUUCAUUUUUAGCCAGACGGUAACGCUUAGUCCAACAUCCUUCCGUACUGAUUCGCCUGUUCUGCCACCUACGCCACUAUCUCCUGCAGUCACUCUCUUCCACGCUAAUCACAUUCUCCGUACUUCAAGGUCUUCGGAAAAUCUGCCUGUCUACCCGAUAUCUCGCAAUUUUCACGAUGGUAGUAUCAGCUCUCUUGAUUCGUCUGGUAGUCCAUCUGGUGAUUCGGACUUGUUUACCGUUCCGACGGCUAAAGAGGAAAAUGUAGUCUCGACAACGCGGAUGAGCGAUAUUCUGCCUGAUGAUCUGGAUCUGUACAGUGAGAAGGAAGACGAACAAGAAGAGAACGAAGAAGAAAGCUCAGAUACGAGACAAUGGAGUAUCGUGCUUACUGACGCAGCUCAAGACGUUGUCCGUGGACAAGAUGAGAAGAUUCAGCACGUAGAAAAAACGGGACAGAAAGGACGAUCAGGGACUGAAGUAGAGCGGGAGACGAAAGACCUGGAAUUAGGUCCGGAGGUUCAGGCCAAGGGCUAA